GCGGCGCUCGGGGCCGCUGUACAAAUAGGGCGGCCGCGGGUGGCCGGGGCAGACAUGCGGGUCCCGCUCCGCUCCGCGCUCGCGCUCUGCGCCCUCGCCCUGCUCCGCCUGGGCUGCGCACCGACCCGGGCGCUCACCUGGGCACCGACCGCAUCCACACGGGCGCUCACCUGGGCACCGACCGGAGCAUCCACCCGGGCGCUCACCUGGGCACCGACCCGCGCCCCGGCCCGCGCCCCGCCGCGCUGCCCCCCGCUGAUGCUGCAGCUGCUCCGCGCCCCUCCCGCCCCGCUCCGCGCCGCCGCCGCCGCCGCCGCCGCCGCUCUCAGCCUCUCCCCACACGGUUCCCUGCAGAACGGCUCCCGCUGGGCGCUCUCCUUCGACAUGUCCUCCCUCUCCAGAAGCCAGGAGGUGAGUCUGGCUCAGCUCCGCGUCCGCCUGCCUGGCCCCUCCCGUGCCCACAACGUCUCCCUGGACAUCUACCACAGCCAGCGGCACAGGUGCCGGGGAGAUGGGACCUGUGCCCACCAGCUCUUCCUGGGCACCGUGGCUGGCAGCCCCUCUGCCACCCAGGCCUCCUGGAAAGUCUUUGAGGUCACCAACCUGCUCCGGUCCUGGCUCCACCAAGCUGUGGUUGCUGGGCACCACAGUCCCACGGGAAGGGGGCAGUGGGAGGUGAGAGGGUCGGCUGCCCCGGCCACCACUGCCCCGAGGGACACCGGCCACGGGGACCCAGUCCUGCCCCAGGAUGUGGCAGAUAGAGUCCUGCUGCUCGUCUUCUCCAAAGACAAGUCUCCAGGAGACCACAGCCUCAUCAGGACCGCGGAGACCUCCAAGUACAUCAUGCGUGACAGCUCGCAGGGCGUGGGGACGCGCCGGCACCGCAGGAACAGGAUGGAGAAGCAGAGGAUCAAAGUGAGCGACCCUGCCGCGGCCACCGCGCGGGAGCAGGGCAGGGCCCUGUGCAGGCGGGUGGACAUGGUGGUGGACUUCGAGCAGACGGGCUGGGGCAGCUGGAUUGUCUACCCCAAGAAGUACAACGCCUACCGCUGCGAAGGGCUGUGCCCCUCGCCCGUGGAUGAGACCUUCAAGCCCACCAACCACGCGUACAUACAGAGUUUGCUGCAGCUCUACAAGCCCAACCAGGUGCCGUGUCCUGCCUGCUCCCCGGUCAAGAUGAGUCCCCUCUCCAUGCUCUACUACGAGAAGGGCGAGAUCGUUGUCCGUCACCACGAGGACAUGAUCAUCGAGGAGUGUGGCUGCAACUGAGGCCACCUCGUAGCCUGUACGAAGGUGCACAUCUCUGCCCAAAAGUGCCCAAAGGACCACGACCGCUGCACAGACCAGGGCAUCUCUGAAGCUCACACACCCGUGGGUUGGCAAACCCCUGGCUAGACCUGGGGAGGAGUGAGGUGCCCAGCAGUUCUGCAGCACUGCGUGGCCACAGUGCCUGGCUGGAUCCAGGCUCCGUGUGGAAAAGGCCACCAGCCACCUCCCUGUGGCCCCAGGGGCAGCUCUGGUGUGGUGGGUGCCCCGCGCUGUGUUCACCAGGGAGCUGCGGCGCUGGCGGCCGCUGUGUCUGGGACAGAAGCAGGAGCUGAGGAGCAGGAGCAGGACUGGAGCGCAGCAGCAUCGCUCCCUGCCACGACACGGCCCAGGCAAUGCCGCUUUUCCCAGCCACGGGAAUCACCAGUGGCCACAGGUUCUGAGGACCCUGCAGCUGCAGUGUCUGGCCAUGCUGAGCAUCCACACCACUGGGAUUUUCAAUCUCCCCGGGGGUUUAGGCAUUUCUCCUAAGAAUUCUAUUAUAUUUCUAUUAAAACGAUCAGAUUUCUAUUACAACUCAGACAAGUGAGUGUAUUACCCAAUGUCCAGAGCCCCAGCUGGCAGAUCUAGGUGGGCAGCUGUUACAAACAAGUAACCACAGCUCUACUCAAGCCUUUUCCUCCCCUUGCUGGAUGAGGUGGUAGCGAAAAGGUCACACAAAAGCUGUACAAUU